AUGUCGUUCAAACGUCUCUGCUCGGCGGCGUACUCUCGGGCCGAGAGCGUCUUCCGGUGGCCCGAUAGACUCCGGUUCCUGCGCGGCUACUUCGCGAUCGCCGGUGGCUGCAUCGUCCACCUCACGCUCGGCACCGUCUACACGUUCGGGAACCUAGCUCCGUACAUCGUCUCCUACAUACGCCAGCGUUCCCACCCGGCCGAGCUCCAACCGGGCACCGCAGCGUGGAUCUACGCCUUGGCCCUGGGAGGCCAGGGGUUCAGCAUGUUCUUCGGAGGGCUCAUGGAGAAACGAAUCGGACCUCGUCUCAGCACGCUCAUAGGGUGCGGGAUCAUGAGUCUGGGCGUCCUGCUGACCUACGUAGCGGUGCAAGUGUCGUUCUGGCUCGUGCUGUUUACGUAUGGAGUUCUCUUCGGGUUGGGGGUCGGGAUCGCCUACGUGGGUCCGCUGGCCUGUGCCAUGCGCUGGAUGCCGCGCUGGAAGGGAGUCAUGGCCGGCUUGGUCCUGGCGGGGUUCGGUCUAGGCGCCCUCGUCUUUACGCCGGUUCAGACCGUCUUUAUCAACCCGCGCAACAGACGCGCCGAAGACGGCAUUUUUCAGGACGCCGACGUUUUGGAUCGCGUCCCGUCCGUGUUUCUCCUUCUGGGCGGCAUUUACAUCGUGCUACAGAUAGUGGGGAGUCUCCUAAUAGUCAAUCCGCCGGAGCCUGACACGGAGGAAGUGCUCACACCGCAGGAGAGCAAUGAUGAACAAGAGAGCAUUGCAAGCAGAGCCGAGAAAUUUUUCAGUCGUCGGAACAGCGACUCCUCCGCUGGUGACAGUCGAGAGAAUUUCCCUGCCUCUCAGAACCUUGAUUAUUCCCCUGAGCCUGAAUUGGGAAGUCCCUCUGGUGACGAGAGAGAAACAAACGAAGAGUCCAGGCUCGUUCCCACAGACCUCAACCUUCAACAAGAUGUGGACAAGAAGAAAGGAGAGAGGAAGCGCCGUCGUUUCAGUCCUCACCAAGAGAACAUGAGAGUGUUCUCGAAAUCAAAAGAGCCUGACUUGGAGAGCUCGAUUGGGUCCACUGCCUCGCUGCGCUCCUCUACCUCAUCUCAGAAUGUAACGUUUGACUCUAAACCGCUCCAAAUGCUAAAAAAGUUAAACUUUUACUUUCUGUGGAUCAUGAUGCUCAUGGCUGGAUUUGCGGUGGUUUUCACCGCCACACUCUACAAGUUUUUUGGACUUUCGUUCAUUAACGACGAUCACUUCCUCGCAAUUGUAGGAUCUGCAGCUUCAAUCUGCAACUGUGCCGGGCGCAUUGUAUGGGGACUCAUUGCUGACAAAGUGUCUUACAAAUUCUCACUUGUUCUACAGUCAGGGAUAAUGUCCAUAUUUCUCCUUACUUUCUAUGCCACGAGUGCAGUCGGAAAGUCCACCUACUUCAUUUGGGUCUGCGUCAUAUUUUUCUGCAUCGGAGGUGUCUUCUCCGUUUUUCCAACAGCCAUUGCUCGGAGUUUUGGAUCAAAAUACAUGAGCGUCAACUACGGACUUCUUUUCACGUCGCAGAUAUUUUCCGGCGUGGUGGCAGCUCUGCUGUUUACGACGGUGCAGCACGUGCUUGGCUGGAUGGGAAUGAUAUUCCUGGUGAGUGGAGUGUGCCUCAUAGGGUUUGUGUUCACCCUCCUGUUUCAGCCAAAACGCUAUGUUAUCUUGGAUCUGGGUGGAAUCUAGCUUUUGUGUGAGUGUGUUCAUAUGGCUAUCAUUUCAUAAACACGCAAUUA